AAAUCAUUUAUUGAGCGAUCUUGUUUGUCGGCCAUCUGCGUCGAAACAAACAUUUUUAUUGUAUUUAAUUCUCUUGUCACUUCUAAAAUAUUAUAUUGGUCUUUAAAAUUCAGAAAGUGUUACUAAUAAUUAAGCAUGUCUGAGCAACGCGGAAGAGGUCGAGCCCGAGGCCGGGCUGGGAGAGGUGGCGAUGGUGCCACCCAGCAGCCACGGCGACCUGGCGAACAACAACGAGGCCCGCCGCAACAACAGUCAGCGCCUCCUGGUCCCCGCCCUCAACCGCCAUCUGCUUGGGGCCCGCCGACCGUAGCACCUCCUGUAAGGGCUGGCGUUCCCGUACCAUCGGUACCAAUAGGUCGCGCGUCUCACCGCGGUACUCCAACAACUCAUGAACAUCCAGGCGAUGUAGAUAUUCAGCAGCGUCUGCAGAAUGUUAAUAUAAGUCAGGCACCUGCGGCCUCGGGAGAUGCUCCAUCAGCAGGCAGUCGUGGGUCUCGACGGGGCGGCGGUCGCAUUUUGCCAGAACAACCUAGUGUGCUGCGAACUAAGCCAACUAAUGUUACAUCUAAAAAAGGAAGCUAUGGUCAUCCCCUUGACUUACUGGUUAAUUAUUUUGUUGUUGAAACCACACCGCAAUGGAGUCUGUAUCAAUACCAUGUUGAUAUAUCUCCAGAGGAGGACAACACUGCUGUUCGCAGAGGUCUACUAAGGAUUCACAGCAAAACUCUUGGCGGAUACAUAUUCGAUGGGACAGUUCUGUACACAAUGAAAAGACUUCACCCAGAACCUAUGGAGUUAUAUUCUGAUCGCAAAAGUGAUGGAGCACGGAUGAGAAUAAUGAUUAAACUGACUUGUGCGGUAAGCCCAGGUGAUUAUCACUAUUUACAAAUUUUUAACCUUAUCAUCCGCAAAUGCUUCCGCUUAAUUCAAUUGCAACUUGUUGGGAGAGACUACUUCAAUCCUGCAGCUAAGGUGGACAUCCCGGAGCAUAACCUACAGAUAUGGCCUGGUUACAAAACAACUAUCAACCAGUACGAAGACAAGAUUCUAAUGGUUACAGAAAUCACUCACAAGGUCUUACGCCUGGAUACAGUGCAGCAAAUGUUAAGAGAAUAUAUCAAUACCAAAGGUGGUAACUACAGAAAGAUAUUUGUGGAAGCAAUCACGGGUCAAAUUGUGAUGACAGAUUAUAACAAGAAAACUUACAGAGUUGAUGAUGUUUGUUGGGAUGUCACACCCAAUUCCACCUUUAGAAUGAGAGAUGGUGACAUUUCUUACAUUGACUAUUAUUACAAGAAAUACAACAUUCAAAUCAGUGAUCUUAAACAGCCACUGUUGAUAUCUCGGUCGAAAGCUCGCGACAUUCGCGCCGGCAUGUCUGAGUUUGUGUACUUGGUGCCGGAGCUGUGCCGCAUGACAGGCCUCUCCGACGCCAUGCGAGCCAACUUCCAGCUCAUGAAGUCAUUGGCCGUUCACACCAAGAUUGGUCCCGAUGUCCGCAUCAGGAAACUGCUUGAUUUUAAUAAACGUUUCACUCAGACUAACGAAGUUGUUGCGGAAUUGGCUACUUGGGAUAUGAAGCUUUCCAACCAGUUGCUGAGUGUCAAGGGGAGACAGUUGCCACAGGAGAACAUUGUGCAAGGCAACAACAAAAAAUAUCCUGCCGGUGAUACCACUGAUGGCUGGACCAGAGACAUGAGAUCAAAGCCCCUACUGUCGAUAGCAAAUUUGCCAUCAUGGGUGGUUAUAACGCCGAGUCGCCAGCACCAGGACGCCACCAGCUUCGUCAACAUGAUCAUAAAGACUGGCCAGGGUUGUGGCUUCAACAUGCCAAGACCUGAAAUAGUGACAAUACAACGCGACGGGACAUCCGAAUAUGCGGAAACGUGCGAGGGAGUAAUUGCAAGGAAAAAUCCCGCUUUGAUACUCUGCGUUCUAGCCAAAAACUCUGCAGAUAGGUACUCAGCUAUUAAGAAGAAAUGCACUGUGGACCGCGCGGUGCCCACUCAAGUGGUGUGCGCUCGCAACAUGACCGCCAAGUCUGCCAUGUCCAUUGCAACCAAAAUCGCUAUUCAGAUUAAUUGCAAGCUCGGAGGUGCUCCAUGGACGGUGGAGAUUCCGCUGAGCGCACUGAUGGUAAUUGGGUACGACGUGUGCCACGACACGCACAAAAAGACGAAGAGUUUCGGUGCAUUCGUGGCGACAAUGGACCGCCAGAUGACGCAAUACUAUUCCGCUGUAAACGCCCACACCUCGGGGGAAGAGCUCAGUGCGCACAUGAGCUUCAAUGUCGCCUCAGCACUCAGGAAAUUUAGAGAGAAAAAUGGUACCCUGCCUUCUCGCAUUUUCAUUUACCGCGACGGCGUUGGAGACGGUCAAAUUCCAUAUGUUCAUGGACAUGAGGUUGGUGAAAUUAAGAAGAUACUCAAUGAAAUAUACGCCGGUGCUGAGGUGAAGAUGGCCUUCAUUAUUGUUUCAAAACGUAUCAAUACACGCAUCUUCCUGAAAAACGGCCGCGGAGAGAACCCGAAACCGGGAACUAUCAUUGACGAUGUUGUUACGCUGCCCGAAAGAUAUGAUUUCUACCUGGUGUCUCAGAAUGUUCGAGAAGGUACAAUUUCUCCGACUUCAUACAAUGUUAUUGAAGAUACGACUGGCUUUGACCCAGACCGAAUCCAACGUCUGACAUAUAAGAUGACGUACAUGUACUUCAACUGCUCGAACCAGGUCCGUGUGCCCGCGGUGUGCCAGUACGCUCACAAGCUGGCAUUCCUCGCAGCCAACAGUCUACACAGCCAGCCUCACUACUCUCUCACAGAGACGCUGUACUUCCUGUAAAUUUCAUGUAUUAUGACUGUUUAUAAAUUUUAAGUAUACCUCUUUUCAAAUAUCUUGGCGGCUCAAGGUCACCUGUGUUCCGAGCCGAGAAGAUAUUUGAAAAUCUCUAUAACAUUUGAUUACCCACCGGGUCUACUAAUCUAUUUAGUAUAAGAUAACGGACAACAUGGUUGCUUUAUUUUUUGUUGUACUUUACUUAACAGCAUCAUCUAAAUGUACGGCCAUUUAUAGGCUACAAACUGCAUUUAAAUGUGUUUAAAAGUCAAAGAGAGUUCCUUAGUAUUUAUUCUCGUACUAAAUCUACAUUAAGAGACAUCUUAAGGCCUUUCGUACACGUGGCUACGUAAAUCUUGGAUACCCGGCGAUUUUAGUAUCAGCGACUUAUGCAAGAUAUGUGUCAGUGGUAUACAGGCACGCAUCGCAAAAAUGUUGUAUUCGUCGGGAGACGGGAGCUAGGGAUAGCCAGUCGCUAGCUACUGGUUAAAGUCGUCGCUCCAAAAGUUGUCGCGAUUUUCAAGAUGGCGGAGCAAAUCUACAGAUGUAAUUUCAUGUCAGUUGUGUAGUUGAUAUGACCGAAUAGACGGCUAGCGUCAAAGAUUCAUUGUAACGAUAAUAUCUGAGAUGAGAUGUAUCUUUUUAUACGAAGGGCUAAAACCUUAAACUCGUUUGAGUAGUUCCAAUCUUAAGCGAUCUUAUUUUGGAAAUAUUGAUCGCCAUGUUUAUAAUUCUUUAUUACUUAAUACAUUUCUUUAGGUUAUUAGAAACCAAAGUAUAUUAAAAUAUUAAAAACAUAAUUUUUCAUUAUAACAUUGGUAGCUAACCUCAAUUCUAAUAUACUAUUAAAUUGUUGGUGUACUUAAUUCUUAAGACAAAAUGUAAUGCUUCAUUGUCUUUGGCUGACGAUUCUAUUUAGAUCGAUGCGUCAUUUUAUAAGUACAUAUAAAGUACAGUUAAAUUACUCUAGGAGUGAAUGAGUCUCCAUUUUUUUUAUUUUUUUUUACAUUUUGAUUAGUGUAGAGUGACUGAGUAAGUAUUUGAGGUGCAUUUCGUUGAUUGUUUUGUAGAUUAAGUCGAUUAUUUCUUUAUUAAUUUUAAAAUGCUCAGUUAAGAUAUAAAAAAGAUAGAUAUUGAUGUGCCAUUGAAAAUGACUUACCGUGGGUUUCUGACAACAAAAUAUCUGUAUAAAAUAUUUAGUCAUAUCUGUCUUUGAUCUUUGACAAAACAGAGUUUUCAGAUGUUUUAAACGGAGAUUUUAGACUCAGGAACCCUCUGUUAGAUUCUAAUAAUUUCAUAACUUCAGUAGAGAUAUAAGAAAGAGGCUAUCGCCUAUAAUAUUCGACUUUGUUCUAGCUUAGGUCCUUCGUAUUCGAAACUGCAUUUUUGAUUAACAUAUUUUUAUAUAAUUUUACUACUGUUUUGUACUAAUUGUAACUUUGUGAUUAAUCAUACCUCUCGCAAAAUAGUCAAACUAUAAAUGUUCCGGACCUCAAAUGGUUGCCAUAUUCGGCUGAAAGCUAAUUUUGUUAUGUUUUUAGUAAUAGGUCUAAAUAAUUUACAAUGUAAACUCUUUAUAAAAAAAAACUCAUUAUUAACUAUUUUAGUUAUUGUAAGAUACCUAUAGUGUGUAUUUAAGAUAGAUUAGUUUGACAGUUUUAAAAAGAAAACCUUUUUUUUAUUUUGGAAGUAAGAAAACUGUCUAGUUAUUUUUUUAUAUUUUUCACAGCAUUUAAAGGCCAAAGUCAAUACGUGAACAAAAUUUUUAAAAUACUUGAAAAAGAGAUUGUAAAGAGGUGUAUUUUAGAUUUUAAGAACAACCAGUUGUGGUUAAACACUAGUUUAUUCAAUAUUAAAAAAAAACUAUUUUUUCUUUAUAGUUUAAGGAGUUGUCUUAUGAAGAGUUUACAUUGUAUUUGAUAUCUUGUAAGUGAAGAGCGAUAUCGCUCGUCUUUUUACUAUUAGCGACUUCUUUAAUUUGUUAUGUCGACCAGAAUAAAUAUGCAGUAACGUAUGAUGUUAUUGGGCUUCCUUCCUGUCUUAGAACUGAGUCGAUAAGAAGGUGAUAUGUAUUCAUUCCGGAUAAGUUGGUACUAAAAGUAUCUUAAGCAAGCAUGAUGUAAGGCUUAACACAGACGGGCCACCGACCACAGCCACCGGUGGCAAACGAAUUCACACGAUUUUUCAUACGUUUUGUUACUGUAGCGUAUGAAAAAUCGUGUGAACCGGUUCUCCCUGGCCAACGGUGGCCCGUCUGCGCCCAGCCUAAGCUGUUUUUUUUUGUGGUUUUUUUUCUGGUCCCAACUAUAUUUUCAAUUGUCUAUCAAUAUAAGAUUUAACUCUUGUC